GCUCCGGCUGCGUCCGCCCUCCUUCGCCUCGCUCUGUGAUGCAUCGCUAGAACCAUGGUGAAAUGUUGUUCCGCCAUCGGAUGCGCUUCCCGCUGCCUGCCCAACUCCAAGAUAAAAGGAUUGACGUUCCACGUAUUCCCCACCAACGAGAAAGCCAAGAGAAAGUGGCUGUUAGCCAUGAAGCGUCUGGACGUGAACGCGGCCGGCAUCUGGGAGCCCAAGAAGGGAGACGUGUUGUGUUCGAGGCACUUCAAGAAGAGCGAUUUUGACCGGAGCGCUCCCAACAUCAAACUCAAACCCGGGGUGGUCCCGUCCAUCUUUGAUUUCCCGCCUCACUUACAGGGGAGGCAAGAAAAGCUUCGCAAGCAGCAAUUCCCCCUCGGAGCCCCUCCGCUGCCGGAGCCUCCGCGCCAGCCGGCCGCCGCUUCCUCCCGCCUCCGGGAAUUCCAGUCACAGUUCGUCUUCGAGCACAGCUACAGCGUGAUGGCCAGCCCGAAGAAACUCAAGCGGCAGCUGGACCACAUGGUCAGCGAGCUGGAGGAGGCCCUGGCCCGAGAACGCCGCUUCCGCGCCUCGCUGAGGACCACCGUCCAGGAACUCGAGGCCGGCCGCCUCAUCAGUCCGCAGACGGCCCAGAGGCUGGGAGCCUUCUGCCGGGAAAGCCCGGCCCAGGACCGCGUCUCCUGA